AUGGCGGGUACACCGACGCGGAGAGCUCCCUAUAAGGACACUCUGCAGCCUGCUCUGCACCGACGCUUCUCCUCCACGGCCGGCCUGCUGUUGGCCGUGUCGUAUCUCGAAUCGAUCCUGCUGAGCAGCUGGGAGUCUUAUUUCUGGUCCUGGUUCCCGCUAGGCCCCGCCGGCUUUCGAGCACUGCUGCUGUUUUCGUGCGGCCUCACCAUUCUCAUUCUUCGGAUCGCAAGCUAUCACGUGGGCAUCAAGACGACCGGCUCGGGACUCUAUACGCUUGCUUCUUUGCUGCUUAGCGCCCGGACGUACGAGACGGCGCUCUGGUACAGCGUUUCGAGCCUGCUUUACUGCGCCAUCUAUCUUGGAACGAGGGAUGAGGACGCGAACCUCCACUGGAUCACAUACUACAGCGGCGAUCGCGCCCGGCUGAACGAGCGACCCGUCUUCUUCGCCUGUUACAUGUUCACCUUCGCCCUGGUGCAGACCGUGGAGCACUACAGACACGAUGUGGACCGUCUGGAUCUUGGCGCGCUGGAGAGGAAGCCCGUAAAGGAGCAAAAGAGCACGGGAAUCGUGUCGGGAUCUCUGCAAGCUGUGCUGGAAGAGCUUCCUAUGGCUCUAGCAGAAUGCUUCAAGAUAUCUCUCAUGGCUGUCCCCGGGGCGAUAGUCCUGUACUUUCUCUUUUUGAGAUCGUUUGCCUGGUCGUGGGGGUUGACGUUCCUGCGCCCCUUCUACAACAUGCCCCGGACCAACAUGCUCCCGUCGUCGUGGCCUACGGACAUUUACCUCUUGGCACGUUGUGUCGUGGCAGGAGCCGGCGUUGGGUUCCUGUGGACAGCGGGUAAUAAGGCUUUCUCCCUCUUCAUGGUUAAGAAGCCGCUGAAGAAUGGCAUUCCUUUGACAUCUGAGUCGAAGGAUCCUAAUGGCAGUCUGUUGAACGGCCUAAAGAGCAAGAAGCUCUCCAUUCAGGCCUUUGCCAUGUGGGAGUUGGCCCUUAUUGCGCAGAAUGAUUCGGCCCGGAGGCAAAGUAUCUUCAAUGACAUCGACCGCAAGGGGGGGCCCAUGUGGUCCCAAAUCUAUUCCAUCUGCCUGGAGACUCUUCAGAGCAUCGAGAGCAAUGUCGAUGCCUAUGGGCAACCGGCGGCGCACGAGGCUCCUAAACCCCAACCGAUGGAAGAGAGGCAUCGCUCGUCAGCUCCCCUGAGGGAAGAUCCCAUCUUCACGAGCCAAGCUAGGCAGACUCCCCUGCAGGCGGGCAUCGAAAAGGCGCUCGAGAGACUCGCACGGAACCCCGGCUCAACACCCGCUUCAGAGCUCAGCCCCAUUGCUCGCAAAACUUGGCAGACGGCGAAAGACCGGGUGCUGAGCAGGGAACAGCAAGAGGCGGUCUCUCCAGACCAUCUGAAGGACCAAGCCCAGGAGUUUGCUACCAGACUGCUGUCGAUCGGAUGGAUUGGCAGUCUGAUCCGACAAGACUUCCGCACGCAGUUCGCCGCCGCUGUCCUGGGAAGCCCGUAUGCUGAGCCGACAUUGUACGCGAACGCGGCCACCGCACUCUGCCAGCUGGCGGUUAACAGCCUGGCUGAAGAUUCGUAUGGCAACGUGCACCGAGAUGUGCCCACCAUCAUCCGGACCCUGACAUCAAUCAUCAAGAAGGUGGAGGCCCUGAAGGAACAGUUUCCUCUGCACUGGACCGACAUCAAGGGAGCCAAGGAUUGUCCCGAGGUGGACGAGCUGCUGGUGGCCUUGAAGACGGGACUGGAGCAGGUCAUUGUCAAGUUUGAGCCCUACAGCACCGAUCUUAGGCUUACGCGCACCGACUUGCGGACUGCAAAGGAGGCCUAUGGGAAACCCGAAGUGGAGAAGCCCAGGGCGAGAUUCUUGAUGACAAGCCAGCAAGAAGUCGCCGUUGAAACGAGAACCAUUGAAGAUUGGGGAUUGUCGAAGCCGGCACGGAGGGGGUUUAGGCUGCCCGAGAUGGAACAGGUUCGAUAGACGUCAAGUUUCAUGGGUUUCGAGUGAGGUAGGGAGAGCAAAAUGUACUUAUACGAAGGGAGAAUCUUUUCGGGGGGGGGUCAUGAUUGUCGCAUAUCGCAUGAGACGAUACCGGAGUUUGAGGGUUCACUGUCAUCAACCGAGAAUAAUGAAAGGAAAAAA